GCCAGGAGGCGUGGGAGUGGCCACGGCCUACAACGCAGCCAUUUUCUGCCACGACGCCGUCGCCAGGAGGCGUGGGAGUGGCCACGGCUACAACCGCAGCCAUUUUCUGCCACAACGCCGUCGCCAGGAGGCGUGGGAGUGGCCACGGCCUACAACGCAGCCAUUCUCCGCCACGACGCCGUCGCCAGGAGGCGUGGGAGUGGCCACGGCCACAACGCAGCCAUUCUCCGCCACGACGCCGUCGCCAGGAGGCGUGGGAGUGGCCAUGGCUACCUCUGUUUCUCAGGUUGGAAGUAAAACUGUUCCAUUUUCCAGUUCCGCGCCACCACGUGCAGAAGUUCUUGAGGCGUUGGCUCAAGCUGCUGCUAUAGAGGGUCGUAGGUCAUGGAAGGGUGUAGAGUGGACCAAUAAGAAUGUGGGCAACUAUAUUCAGCGUCGUUUCUACGGCGCUGAGCCAAGUCUUCGUGCGCCAGAUCUUGAAAAAGAAAGGCGACGAAAAAAAUCUCUCCCAAAAAUUCGGUUGUUUCCACUUGGCGCUAAGAGGGGCUCUGGGGAGAUGGGCCCAACAUCACCAUAG